ACGAACGUCUGCGACUUUCAAGUCCGAAGUUCGCAAGGUUCCGAGCGCGCGCACGGCGGGGGCGCGCACGGGACGCAAGGACGGAACCCAAGACCGCAGCGGAGUUUGGACUUUGACCUGCGCGACCGGAAUGAUUGACGCGCGCGCGACCAGUCCCCGGGAUGAAGACAAACAUGGCGAACUUCAACGAGGGUGAGCGCGUUUGGCUGCGUGAAGACAAUCAGAACCUUCCCACCACCGUGUCCUCCUGCUCGGGCGGCGUCGUCGUCUUCACCAGCGACUACGGACAGGUGUACACGUGCAAGCAGAAUGCGCUGACGCAUCAGAAGUUUCAGGCCAUGCACGGCAGCAGCGUGUCGGGCGUGGAGGACAUGGCGGCGCUGGAGGAGCUACACGACGGCGCCAUCAUGCACAACCUUUUCCUACGAUACCGCCGAAGACUCAUCUACACGUAUAUCGGGUCCAUCCUGGCGGCGGUGAACCCGUACCAGCCGCUGGCCGGCUUGUACGAGCGAGCCGCCGUGGAACUGUACAGUCGCCACCACCUGGGCCAGAUCCCGCCGCACAUCUUCGCCGUGGCCAACGAGUGCUACCGCGCGCUGUGGAGGAGGCCGCGCAACACCUGCGUGCUCAUCAGCGGCGAGAGUGGCGCCGGGAAGACGGAAAGCACCAAACUGAUCCUGAAGUUCCUGUCGGCCAUGAGCCAACAUUCUCUGGAAGUGUCGUGCACGGAGAGGACGUCGUCGCAUGUGGAGGAGGCGCUACUUGAGAGCGGCCCCAUCAUGGAGGCGUUCGGUAACGCCAAAACGGUGUACAACAACAACUCCAGCCGCUUCGGGAAGUUCGUGCAGCUGCAUUUCAACCAGAAGGGAAACAUCCAGGGAGGGCGCAUCGUCGACUACCUCCUCGAGAAGAACCGAGUCGUCCGACAGAACGAAGGCGAGAGGAACUACCACAUCUUCUACGCGCUGUUAGCCGGCACCGACAACCAGCAGAGGGAGUCUUUGGGUCUGAGCCCGUCUUCCGCUUUUAACUACUUGACCCGCUGCAGCGGUCCCACCGACAACACGAUCAACGACAAAAGCACUUUUCAAGAUGUUCUGAAUGCCAUGCGGACGAUGCAGUUCACGGAGGAGAACGUCGGCGAAAUCCUGCGCCUCCUGGCGGGAAUUCUGCACGCCGGCAACAUCGAGUUCAUGACGGCCGGCGGGGCGCAGAUCACGUCCAAGUCUGCUCUGAGUCGGACGGCGGAGCUUCUGGGCCUGAACCCGGAUCAGCUGGCCGAGGUUCUGACCCACAGGUCCAUGAUCCUCAGGGGCGAGGAGAUCUCCACCCCGCUCACGGUGGAGCAGGCGGUGGACUCCAGAGACUCCAUGGCCAUGGCGCUUUAUUCGCAAUGUUUCAACUGGAUCAUCCGCAAAGUCAACGGUCGCAUUCGAGGAAAAGACGACUUCAAGUCCAUCAGCAUCCUCGACAUCUUUGGCUUUGAAAACUUUCAGGUGAACCACUUUGAGCAGUUCAACAUCAACUAUGCAAACGAGAAGCUUCAGGAAUAUUUCAACAAGCACAUUUUCUCCCUGGAGCAGCUCGAGUACAACAAGGAAGGUCUGGUGUGGGCCAACAUCGACUGGAUGGACAACGGCGAGUGUUUGGACCUGAUAGAGAAGAAACUGGGCCUGCUGGCUCUGAUGAACGAGGAGAGUCACUUCCCCAAAGCCACCGACGGCACCCUGCUGGAGAAACUGCACAGUCAGCACUCGAAAAAUCCAUUUUACGUGAAGCCCCGCGUUGCCGUUCACUACUUUGGAGUUAAACACUACGCAGGAGAGGUGGUGUACGACGUCCGGGGAACGCUGGAGAAGAACAGAGACACUUUCAGAGACGACGUCCUCAACAUGCUCAGGGACAGCCGGUUGGAUUUCGUCUACGACCUUUUUGAACACGUGCUGAGUCGCAACAAGCAGGACACGCUCAAGGGCAGCUGCAAGCACCGAAGACCAACGGUCAGCUCGCACUUCAAGGACUCGUUGCACUCGCUGAUGGCAACGCUCAGCACAUCCAACCCUUUCUUCAUACGAUGCAUCAAACCAAACACACACAAGAUGCCUGACCACUUCGACCCGGCCGUGGUUCUGAACCAGCUGAGGUAUUCUGGCAUACUGGAGACGGUCAAGAUCCGACGCGCCGGCUUUCCCAUCCGGAGACCGUUCCAGGAGUUCUGCUGCCGAUACAAAGUUCUGAUGCGUGACGUGCUGACGGCGGGCGACGACAGGGGGCGCUGCGCGGAGCUGCUGCGACGCUUCGACAACAGCGCCGCCCGGUGGCAGAUGGGGAAAACCAAGGUGUUCCUCAGGGAAUGUCUCGAGCAUCGUCUGGAGAAGCAGCGCGACGUGGAGGUGCUGGGAGCCGCCAUGAUCAUCCGGGCGCACGUCAGCGGCUACGUCGCCAGGAAGCAGUACCGGAGGCUGCUGCGCUGCGUGCUGCUCAUCCAGAAGAACUUCCGCGCCUUUUACUGGCGCAGGAAGUUCCUGCUGCUGCGCCGGGCGGCGCUCACGCUGCAGACGCGCCUGCGAGGACAGCUAGCGCGUCGCGCGGUCGCGUGCAUGCUCGACAAGAGGAGGGAGGAGGAGGAAGAGGAGCAGCGAAGGAGGAACAGGGAGAGACGCCGGCAGGAAGAGGAACAGCUCGCUGAGGAGGCGUCCAGGAGGCGCAAGGAGCAGCGUCGAGCCAAAGACCCGACGGCUCUCCUUCCGGUUCGGCCUCAGCUGGCCCAAGACGACGAUUCAGCGCCACCCGACGGCUUGAAGAAUUCAGCACAGACCUCGGACGGGUUUGAGGUGUCUUCGUGCACCUCGGACGAGUCUUCGGCUAAAGAGGACGACGAAGCCGUCCGACCUCAGGAGGCGUCCCAGGUCGAGGAGAUCCUGCGUCUGGAGCGGGAGAUCCAGUGGCUUCAGAUGAAGAAGGAGCGCCAGGAGCUGUCCCUGACGGAGGCGUCGCUGCUGCGCCUUCAGGAGCUGCGCGACCAGGAGCUCGCGCGUCUGGAGGACGAGGCCUGCGAGGCGGCGCAGAACUUCCUGCGCUCGCUCAACUUCGACGAGAUCGACGAGUGCGUCAGGAACAUCGAGAGCUCGCUGAGCGUGGACGACGAGAAGGAGGACGGGCGGCGGCCGGGCGCGGGCGACGAGGAGGAGGAAGCGGACGAGGGCUUCGGGGCGGACGACGAGGCGUUCAAGGACUCGCCCGACCCCAGCGAACACGGACACUCGGAGGGCCAGCGCACCAGCGGCAUCCGGACCAGCGACGACUCCUCCGAGGAGGACCCGUACGCCAACGACGCCGUUGUCCCGGCCCUGCCGCCCGCCGCCGUGCUCCCGCAGGCGCCGCCGUUCGCCGCCGGCCCGGCCGAGGGCCCUUGUGAGCUCAUCCCCCCGGACGAGGACUCGGACUACGACCGCGACGACUACGACGGGGGCGCCGUCGCGUCCGGCGGCGGCGGGGCCUUCUCCGACCCUCGCGGCGAGCAGCGGUCGCCCGACUACCGCGGCUCCUCCGGAACCUUCAACAGCUCCGGGGCGUACCGCUUCGGCUCGGAGGGGGCGCAGUCCUCGUUCGAGGACAGCGAGGACGACUUUGACAGAUUCGACACGGACGACGAGCUGUCGUACCGCCGAGAUUCCGUCUACAGCUGCGUCGCGCUGCCCUACUUCCACAGCUUCCUGCACAUCAAAGGCGGCCUGCUGAACUCGUGGAAGCGGCGCUGGUGCGUGCUGAAGGACGAGACGUUCCUGUGGUUCCGCGCCAAGCAGGACGCGCUGAAGCAAGGCUGGCUGCACAAGAAGGGCGGCGGCUCGUCCACGCUGUCGCGCAGGAACUGGAAGCGCCGCUGGUUCGUCCUCCGCCACAGCAAACUCACGUACUUCGACAACGACGGCGAGGACAAACUCAAGGGAGCGCUGGACGUGCGCGCCGCCAAGGAAGUGAUCGACAACGCCGACAAGGAAAACGGCAUCGACAUCGUCAUGCCCGAGAGAACGUACCACCUGGUGGCGGAGACGGCCGAGGACGCCAGCGAGUGGUUCAGCGUGCUGAGUCAGGUGCGCAACUCCACGGAGCAGGAAAUCGGCGAGAUGCACGACGAGCAGGCCAACCCGCAGAACGCCGUGGGGACGCUGGACGUGGGCACGAUCGACUCGGCGUGCGCGUCGGACAAUCCGGAGAGGCCCGACUCCUUUGUCAUCAUCACGGCCAACCGGGUGCUGCACUGCAACGCCGACACGCCCGAGGAGAUGCACCACUGGAUCGCGCUGCUGCAGCGAUGCAAGGGCGACGCCCGCGUCGACGGCCAGGAGUUCAUCAUACGAGGUUGGCUGCACAAGGAGGCGAAGAGCGGCGGCAGCGGCAAAACGCUGCCGCCGAAGCUGAAGAAGCGCUGGUUCCUGCUGACGCACAACUCGCUGGACUACUACAAGAGCUCAGAGCGCGGCGCCCUCAAGCUGGGCACGCUGGUGCUCAACAGUUUGUGCUCCGUGGCGCCGCCCGACGACAGGGUCUUCAAAGACACCGGCUACUGGAACGUGAUCGUGUACGGCCGCAAGCACUCGUACCGCCUCUACUGCAAACUCCUGAACGAGGCCGCCCGCUGGGCCGCCGCCGUCCAGAACGUCAUCCACGCCAAAGCGCCCGUCGACACGCCCACGCAGCGCCUCGUGCUACGCGUCAAGGAGAACAGUCUGAACUCGGAGGUGGUGGAUCAGAUCUACGAGCGGAACCCCAUCCUGCGCUACAGCCGCCACCCGCUGCGCUCGCCGCUCCUGCCGCUGCCCUACGGAGACGUCCACCUCGCCGGGCAGAGGAGCGAGACGUACGGCGGCCUGCGGGAGGAGGCGCUGAAGGCCUUCGAGCGGCUGCGGCGGCUGGAGGGCGCGGACGACCCGGCGCCCGUCAUCCAGGACGUCCUGCGGGCGGGCCACGAGCUGCGAGCCCUCCGGGACGAGCUCUACUGCCAGCUGGUCAAGCAGACCGUGCGCCCGCCUCUGUGCGACGGCCCGGGCGAGCUGGCCCGCUGGAGCGCGCUGGCGUGCGCCGCCUGCGCCUUCCUGCCCACCAGGAGCGUCCUGGCGUACGUCAAACUCCACCUUAAGAGGACCCGAGAGGCGUUCCCCGGCACGGAGCUGGAGCGCUAUGCCGCCUUCGCCCUGGAUGCGCUGAAGAAGACGCGCAGGCGGGAGAACGUCCCGUCGCGGGAGGAGAUCCGGGCGGUGGUGGCUCGGCGGGAAAUGAGCACCACGGUGCACUGUCACGGCGGGGGCCGCUGCCAGAUCACCUUCGACUCGCACACCGCCGCCGGAGAGGUGGUGGAGAAGCUGGUGCGUGGUCUGGCCAUGGAGCACAGCAGGAACAUGUUUGCUCUCUUCGAGCACAACGACGACGGCGCGGCAGUGGCGGAGGAGAAAGCCAUCGAGAGUCGCACCGUUGUCGCCGACGUGCUCGCCAAGUUUGAAAAAUUGUCUUCCAGUCCAGAAGGGGGCAGCACAGGCUGGAAGUUCUAUUUCAAACUUUACUGCUUCUUGGACGUGGACAAUGUUCCCCAAGACAGUGUGGAGUUUGCCUUCAUGUUUGAACAGGCCCACGAGGCGGUGAUCCGCGGUCAGUAUCCGGCUCCAGAGGAGACUCUUCGGUUUCUGUCGGCGUUGCGGCUUCAGUACCUUCUGGGAGACCGAAGCCCGCGGACCGCCGUGCCGGAAAUGUCGCAGGUGUUCCCCGUGGCUCGCCUGCGGCCCCGCGCGCCGGGCGAGCGCUCGGGGGCGUCGGAGCGCAAGCGUACCGGGUUCCUGGAGGGCACGCUGAGGCGCAGUUUCCGCCGGGAGCCAGACGGCGGCCCGGAGGUCACGACGACGGACGAGGCGGCGGCCGUCCGCGCCGGCGUCCUGGACAAGUGGAGCGAGCUGCGCGGCGUCACUCGGGACCGGGCCAUGCGCCAGUACAUGGCGCUGGUCAGGGAGUGGCCUGGGUACGGGUCCACGCUCUUCAACGUGGAGUGUCGGGACGGAACGUUCCCGUGCGAGCUGUGGCUGGGCGUGAGUCGGCACGCCGUCUCGGUGUACAAGCGCGGCGAGCCGUGGCCUCUGGAGGUUUUCCCCUACGAGCUCGUCCGCUCUUUCGGCGCACCGCUCGCCAACACCUACAAGAUCGCGGUGGACGGCCGUCAGCUCGUCUUCCAAACGCUAAUGGUGAUGGACAUCGCCAAGCUGAUGAAGGCGUAUGUCAGCAUGAUGGUGAAGAAGCGCUACAGCAACUGUCAGUCGCUCAGCAGCCGCGGCAGCCAUUGCGGCACCUGGUGAGCCCCGCACGCUUCCGGUCCCGAUUCCGGGCCCGAUUGCGAUUCCAGUCCCGCUUGGAUUCCAUUCCGACCGGCACGCUUGUUCCAGAAGAUUGCCGGUGCUCGGCCCAUUUCCAGUUUUACGCCGUGGCCGAGACGAGACUUUUGAAACCAGCCUCCGCGCCAGUAGUGGGCGGCGUCACUUUUUCAACAUCAACUUCUGGUCAAGAAAAAACUAUUUGUCUGUCAUCUUGGAACUUUAUUAUGAGCACUAAAAGAGCGACUUUUAAAUGAAUGUAAAACAAAAGAUGUAAAUAAGCCGUUGUUGUCUUAAACAUUUCAAGUUUGUUGUUGUGUUCUGAUUGGCUAACCGAGCAAAGGAAGGCCACACAAGUGGCUGAAGAAAAAAAACAACCACCGCCACCACCGCGGUACCCGUGUGGUCCAUUUCAAGUUACAUUCCAUUUUAAGUGGGUUCAUACGGCAACAUCAUCAAAGCACUUGCCACUCCACGGUGACAUGCUAAUGCUAGCGGCGUUAGCUGCUUUAGAGACCCUAACCCAUAAAAUGAUUUUUAUUUUUUUGGAGAAUUUAUUUGUAUUUUUUUUUUUUAAUGAAAUGAGAGUACUUCCUUUUACAAACUCGGUAAAACGGUGGACGACUGGUUAGCACAUCUGCCUCAGAGUUCUGAGGUUGCCGGUUCAAAUCCGGCCUCUCCUGUGUGGAGUUUGCAUGUUCUCUCCGUACCCGUGUGGGUUUUCUCCGGGUACUCGGGUUUCCUCCCACAUCCCAAAAACAUGCAUGCAAGGUUAAUUGAAGACUCUACAUUACCCGUAGCUGCGAAUGUGAGAGCUACACUCGGCUGCGACGGACAACCCUGCUCCUAUUAGUCCAUUAAAUCGAAAAGCAAUUUAAGGAUUGAUUCCGGAAAGGACAUCUUCAUUCUGUGGGGUGGGGUGGGGGGGGGGCAAUAGGGUUAUGUUAUCAAAAAUGAACUUUUUGUUGAAAAACUGAUUUUUUCUUCAUUUGAGGACGUCAUAUUUUUGUGAUAUGAUGUCACAAUCAUAUCCGAGCUGGUAGUUGCUCAAAUUGAAAAAGUCAGGACGAGUCUGAACGUUUUUCCUCAUACGCAAGCAAGCAAGAUUUUAUGUAAGAUCAUUCUUUGCAGAUUAUUUUGUAUUUCCGAGAAGCAGGCCUAUCAACCUAUCAAAGUUGACCAAAUGUUCGUCUUUUUUCCAAAUUUUGAAUAAAGAUGUCAGGAUGUCGCUGUGGUUGCACGCUGUAAAAGCUCACCACGCGCUAGUUGAGUUUUUGGUUUUGUUUUAAGUGUAGCAUUCGUAAGACUCCGCCACCACGUCAGCCAUCCAAAGACGCACACGCACGCAAACGAGUGCCUUCUUUGCUGUACAUUUUUUGGAUGUUUGUGUGCAAUGUUUCUCGAAAUGUAUAUUCUCCGAUGACGGCUGUACAUUUUUGUACUGCUUCAGCUUGAUGGCCAUAUGGGUCCUCCAGCUGCUUUUGUUCUUGUUCCGCUCUCAGAGGACCAUUUUGACAAUAAACAUUCUUCUUGUUAA